GCUCUCUGUGGGGGGAUUCAUUCUGAGACAGGCAGAGAGCGACCCGGCAGGAUGAAGAGGUUCUUUGUGCUUGCACUGUCUCUCACCUUGCUGAUUUUCUUCUCAGGGGCCUCUCCGAUUCUGACGGAAAAGCAGGCCAAGCAGUUCCUGAGAUCCCGGCGCCAGGACAGGCCGAGCAAACCCGGGUUCCCCGAUGAGCCCAUGCGGGAGUACAUGCACCAUCUGCUCCUCCUGGAACACCGUGCCGAGGAGCAGUUCCUGGAGCACUGGCUGAACCCACACUGCAAACCCCACUGCGACAGGAACCUGGUCCAUCCCAUCUAAGAGGCUCGGGACCAGCCUCUGCAGGUGCUUUGAUGAGCAAAGGCCUGGAUACUAUUGAAACAAGAUGAGCCUCCUUUCAUUUCUUUUCCAGUUGUGGAGUGGAGAUCUCCAGGGCUUGUGAAUUGUGGGCACAGCAAGAUUGUGUUGGAGACUAACGGCAAAUAUUUAUGCUGCUUCACUUUACUAACCUGAACAGCUCAUUAAAACCAAUCCCUUAAACUGUAGAUCCUCCCUCCCUCCCCUUCAAUGGUCCCUUCCUACCAGUUUGAAGGGUAAGUAGAAGGGGAAUCGUUCCUGGGGCUGGUGGAGCUGGGACCUCUAGAACAGGAGAGAGGUUAGUGGGAAAGCCUUGUUCAGCUCAGUGAAACACACCACUCAGGCUGUGGGGGUUUUGGUCAUUGCUUUUUUUCCUCUCUCCUUUUCUGCUCUAAUAAAUACUGGUGUUAAACCUA